GCAGAUAUGAUAAAACACAAGACCAGUGGGAAGAAGGGAGAAAACAAGGAACUAGUCGUUGCCCGCAAGAUGGCGCUGAUCAUCCUGACUGACUUUGCUUGCUGGAUGCCCAUCAUAAUUCUAGGUUUGGCUGCGAUCUCCGGGAAAGUCACGAUCCCUGGUGAUGUCUACGCCUGGAUUGCAGUAUUUGUGCUGCCGAUCAACAGCGCUAUGAACCCAAUACUCUACACACUGUCGUCUCUCGAUCUCAUCAAACUGAUAUGUGGAAAGAAAGAACCACAGUUGGAUUACUCUGGAAGCACUAGGACGAAUGUGUCUACCCGUAAGUAAAAAGGCUUUUAAAAAUAAGUACUUAUAUCAGAUAUUGACUUGCGGCUGAUCCUCCUCUUCGCUGUCCCCCAAAUGAUGCAGGGUAAGAGUGAAUCUAGCCCAGCGAUGCAGCUGAUCUCACUCACUUCCUACGAGU